CUUCUGUUCUUUCGUUGUCCCGUAAUGUCCGCUUGAUCACCUAGUCGCUUGUCAUUGCUAGACGCUACAAGGUUCUGCUUCUUGUGUCGCCUGCUAAAACCACGUAUCUCUUAUCUUCACGUGCUGCUAUUCGGCUGCAGGGUCCGUCCUUUGCUGAUACGAGUAACAGUCGGUGACGUUCGCUCAAUAUCAUCUCUCGACCAUCAGAAGCAUAUCGUCUUCGCUACAUGCUUCUGCUGUUUAACUAUGGUGGUCCAUUCAACGCACCGUGCUGACGCACGAGACCCGGAUCCUGCUCUCCCCAGCUCGCCAUGCGUCACAUCACCAGAAUCUGACAAUAGCGAAUCCGUCAACAGACCCGCUAUAGUGCAAGCUCGUCGUCUUCUUCAAAGACGGCUCCGGAUCGGCAUAACGGACGGACGGAUCUUCAUCGGCCGGUUCAACUGCCUGGACAAGCAAGGGAACAUCAUUCUCCAUGACUGUGUCGAGUUUCGUCGGGCGUCUCCCGCCGCGGAUCCCGCAGAUCCCCGCAGGACCGAGUCACUCGAGGAGAGAAUGGCGAGUGCCACGUCAGCGGAUCCGAGCCCGCUAGUUGAACAGCGACGGCUGGGAUUGGUGCUGAUCAUGGCGAAGGAUCGCGUGUGGUGUGACGUGGAAUGUGGACUAGAGGAGAAGUUGGAGAGCAUCAGUCUAAGUUGAGCCUCUACGGUUACUCAAUGGUAACCACUGAGGGUAGCAGAGCCACUCAAGGUAGCUCUGAGCUGACCUCCCGUUUGCUUGUUAUCCCUGAGUUGUGAUAAUAAGAAAAGAUGCGUGUU